AUGAUUCCUGCCCUUCUCACGGCGCAAAGCUGCGUCGAUCAUGUCCACCUCAUCCUUGGGACCGGCCCGCUGGCUGCCUCCCGCUGUGCGAAGUCUCUCGAGGUUGGUGCCCGGCCUGUCAUUCUCGCUCCCGAAACCGCGGACCUGCAUUUCACCCUAGCCAAAGCCGUUGAAGAUGGAAGAGUGCGGUGGAUACAACGCGACUUUGAAGAGCAGGACCUGAGAACAGCAGGCAGGGAAGAAGUUGACGGAUUUGUCGACGCUGUGUUUGUGACAUGGCCAGCGAAAGAUCCCCGGAGCAGUCACAUCUCGAGUCUCUGCAGACGUCUGAGAAUACCCGUCAAUGUGGUUGACGCUCCCUCGCUUUGCUCAUUCACACUGCUCUCCACAUAUUCCGACGGACCGCUACAAAUAGGCAUAACCACGUCAGGAAAUGGCUGCAAGUUGUCGUCACGGAUUCGACGGGAGAUCGCAUCCAGCUUGCCCCCGAAGUUCGGUCUGGCGGUGGAACGACUGGGAUCCAUGAGACGGCGUAUAUGGGAGGAGGAUUACAGAUUAAAUCACCCGAACGGCGCCGAGACUGUUGACGUGGUGGAUGGUGAAGACGAGGAGGCCGCGGCGCAGAAACAUACCUUCAACUCCUUGGUGAAAGAGGACGACCAGGAUCCAGCCACCCUGCGCACUCGUCGCAUGAGAUGGCUAUCGCAGAUAUGCGAGUAUUGGCCCCUCAGUCGACUUGCAGCCAUCACCGAUGCAGAUGUCGCAGCCAUUCUCGAAGCUUACCGAUCGCCCGCACACACUCCUAUACCAACUCCCGGCUCAGGCUCAUCCACCGAUCUCCUUCCUACACCGGCUCCUCGAAAAGGUACCAUCACCCUAGCAGGAUCUGGGCCAGGACAUCCCUCCUUACUGACGAUUGCAACCCAUACGGCGAUCAAAACCGCGCAUUUCAUCCUAGCUGAUAAGCUCGUUCCUGCGGAGAUCCUGGCUCUCAUUCCACGAAGGACACCCGUGCAUAUUGCACGCAAAUUCCCCGGAAAUGCCGACGCAGCCCAAGAGGAGUUGCUGCAACUUGGUCUAGAAGCCAUGGAGCAAGGAAAAGAUGUGCUCCGAUUGAAACAAGGCGAUCCUUAUUUGUACGGUCGCGGAGCCGAGGAGGUGACGUUCUUCCGUGACCGAGGGUACGAAGUCAGAGUUAUUCCUGGAAUCACCAGUGCGCUGUCAGCACCGCUUUUUGCGGAGAUUCCUGUCACUCACCGCGCUGUUGCAGAUCAAGUGGUCGUCUGUACCGGCACUGGGAGGAAAGGUGCGGCCCCUGAGCCGCCGUCUUACCGGAAGAGCAAGACAGUAGUGUUCUUGAUGGCACUGCACAGAUUGGAGAGUUUGAUCAAGAGCCUGACAGAACAAGUCGAUGAGCAAGAUCCGACUGUUACGGUGCAGAAACGCGCGUUGUGGCCAUCCGGUACGCCUUGCGCGGUCAUUGAACGAGCAAGCUGUCCUGACCAGCGCGUGAUCCGCUCUACUCUGGAGCAUGUCUGUCAGGCAGUGGAGGAGGAAGGGUCUAGGCCUCCAGGACUUCUGGUGGUCGGCCAUGCAUGCGAAGUGCUGCACAAGCUGGACCAGGGCCAGAGAUGGUCUGUCGAAGAGGGCUUUCGGGGUCUCGAUGCGAUUGGGUCCGAAUCCACGCUUUCAGAUCUGAAUGUUUUGAGGGACGUAGAGAUGUGUUCGCCGAAAGAUACGCAAGCUCUCAGACCAGAUGCGCAGGUAUCUACGACGGCGCGAUGA